GGUUUAGCUGGAAACGCCGGAGAUGGGUGGCAGAGGCCAGCCGAGAAAGAAAGAUCCGCUACCUAAGGGUGGUGCUACAACAAAAACAACAGAUUUGAAAGAUGAUAAUGGGGAGCAAAAUAGCAUCCAAGUUGAGGAAACCAACAAAGAGCAAACUGAGGUUGUGAAGCCUGUUGCUCACGAUCCAAACCAGAUGGGUCUCGAAAUUGAGGAAUCAGGUUGUUUGAGUCCAGAUCUAGGGGAGAAAGAAAGGGACGCUGAAGGAAUUUUGCUAGAUCUAGCAGAUUCGACACAAGGUCAGAGGAAAAGCAGAUGCGAUGCAGGUCCUAGGGAUGGAAGAGCAGAUAAGGGGAAGAGCGAGGUCGACCCCGUGGAAGGGAAAGUAGUGAUGGGGAAGAAGGGAGUGCGCUCAGAGACUCAGCCUUCUGUCAUCCAGAUGAAGCAACCUUCUGAGGAAAGGGCCGCUGGUUCUACAUCCGGUACGGCGGUAUCUCCUAGUGCUCGGUGGAGUGAGCUGAUUGAGAAGGAGAAAGGGGAAUUUCAUCCAUCCCUAAAGCAGAAGCCACUACGUAGCUGGUCUUCGGUUGUGGAAAGGAAUAGGGAUAUUAGUAAAGGAUGGGAUUUGCAAUAUAUAAAACCUCAAGACCCAACUGGUGUUGUGGUUAUUACUGAGGAUGAGUGGGUUAAAGGGUCAAAGAUUUGGGAGAAUGCUCUUGUUGGGUAUGUUCUGGGAUCUAAACCUGAUUUUAAGGAUGUUGCUAAUUUUGUGAAUAACAAGUGGAGGGAAUUCCAGGUGCCUAAGGCGUCUAUGCUGCGAAAUGGAGUUUUCUUGUUUGAUUUUGGUAAUGCAGAUGCAAAGCAGGCGGUGCUAGAGAGGCGAUGGACAUUUAAUGGGCACCCUUUGAUUUUGAAACAAUGGACUCCAGAUUUUGAUCCUGACAAUUUGGAUAUCAGUAAGAUUCCUGUCUGGAUCCAAUUUCCUGAACUCCAUUUGAGUCUCUGGAACCCUGAGAGCUUAGGAAAGCUAGCAAGCUAUGUGGGAGUUCCUAUUGCAACUGAUGCAUUAACAGCUAAAAGGCAAAGAGUGGCUUAUGCUCGUAUGCUAGUAGAGAUGGAAAUCAUGGACACUCUGCCCCGUGUAGUUCCUAUUAUUGGUCCUAAGGGUGUGUUCCAGCAGCCUGUGGUCUUUGAAUGGGAGCCUGUUAGAUGUGGUAAAUGUAGAAACCUGAGGCAUGAAGAGAGAAACUGUACUGCUAAGGAAAAAAAGGUGUGGGUUCCAAAAAAACCUGCCAAGGAGCAGGUGGUCAAUCAGAUAGUUGGCACAAAGUCUUUUGAGGGGAAUGAUGAAUUAUGUAGUGGUGAAGUGCAAACAGCUACUAAUUCAGCAAAUGUGAAGCAGAGUACACUUUCACGUCCUUCUGGAAAGUUGAUAGUGGAAAGAAAUGAGCAAAGUCCAGUGCAACUGGAAGUGGGAGCUAUGAAGUCAGUGAAUCUACAGAAUGAGACUAGUAUUGGCACAGGGGAUAAAGAGAUGAUGCAAAAGGCAGCAGGGGGAGAAUCUUCUGUAAAUUUGAAGGUGACUGAAGUAAUACAAACAGACCAAUUGCUACAUGUUGAAGUAUGCUCUACAGUUGGGGACGUUAAAUUUUUGUGCACAAUUGUCUAUGCUUUUAAUACUUUUGAUGGUAGAGUAGCAUUAUGGGAUCAAGUUAGAGCUCUAGACGUUGAAAAUGUGCCAUGGAUAAUUUCUGGAGAUUUUAAUACAACUCUAAAUUAUGGUGAAAGGGUGAAGCCUAAUGGAGUUGUUUGGGGAGAUACCUCAGAGCUCAAGGAUUUUGUCAGUAGAAUGGAGGUUUUUGAUCUGCAAUUUUCAGGUGCUUUCUUCACUUGGAGUAAUAAGCAAGGGGAAAAUGACAGGUUGUGGUGCAAGCUGGACAGGGUAAUGGCAAAUUCAACAUGGGUUAGUGCAUUCCCAAAUACUUUUGUUGUCUUUCUAAAUCCACAAUCCUCAGAUCAAUCACCCUCUUUAGUGACUGUGGAUGUAUUGAUGAACGAGAAACCAAGGCCAUUUAGAUUCUGCAAUGCUUGGUCUAAAGAUGAAAACUUCCUUGAUCUGGUUAGGGAAGCUUGGAGGGUGGAUAUUCAGGGAUGCCCUAUGUUUGUUGUAGUGCAGAAAUUGAAAUUGGUAAAACAGAAGAUGAAGCAGCUGCAUAAAAAUAGAUAUGGAAACUUGGAGGGAAGAAUAAAAGAUAUGGCAGCAGAGCUACAAAAUGUUCAAGCUUCCAUGCAGAAUGCUUUAUUUGAUGAGACUUUGGCUGCAAAGGAAAAGGAACUUCAACGUGAAUUAACUAAGCUUGAGAGAGCCAAUUUGUCCGUAAUUGCCCAACGAGCUAAAGUAACUUGGCUAAAGGAGAUGGACUCUAAUUCUGCUUAUUUUCAUGCUAAAGUAAAGGAGAGGCAGCAUAGAAGUGUUAUUAACUCCAUCCUGAACAGUGAAGGAGUUAGAGUGACUCGGCCUGAACUUAUAGAACAAGAGUUUUUAAUGUUCUAUCAAAACUUGUUUGGAAAGGCAAAAGAAGGUGUUCAAGCAAUUGAUAUGAAUGUUAUCCGCAGGGGCAGAGUGUUAACUACAGAAGAGUCAGAAGAGUUAUGCAGGCCAUUUACUGCUAAGGAAGUGGAGACUACCCUAUUUUCAAUUCCUUCUAACAAGUCAUCGGGGCCUGAUGGAUUCACUUCAGGUGGGAAAGUCCUCAAGCAAAUUCAUGCCACCAAUAUCACUAUUGUUCCGAAGGUGGGCAACCAGAAGAUUAAUGAAGUGCUGAACAUGCUGCCAAAGGGUUAUUUUCAGGGGCAACGAGGGCUUCGACAAGGUGAUCCAAUCUCGCCUUAUCUAUUUGUGCUAGUGAUGGAAUAUCUCACAAGGAAAUUGAAGGAGUUAGAUAUGCAGGAGAAGUUUAAAUAUCAUAGUAAGUGUCGAGUGAUGCAACUUACGCACUUGAUCUUUGCAGAUGACAUUAUGCUUUUUUGUAAUGCUGAUGAGGAGUCCACUGUUUUGAUGAUGCAAAAGUUUGAGGAGUUUGCCCGAGUCUCUGGGUUGGAAGUGAAUAGAAUGAAGAGUAGAGUUCAACUUGUUAACUCUGUUUUAUUCCACAUUCAAGUUUUUUGGAGUGGUGCUUUAUUGAUUCCUAAGAAAGUGUUAAAGCUAAUUGAUACUGCUUAUAGAAAUUUCAUUUGGUGUGGUAAAUGGAAUUAUAAUGCAAUGUCUCUUGUAGCAUGGGAUGAUGUAUGUGUGCCAAGGAAAGAAGGGGGACUAGGGGUGAAGCAAUUGCUGCAUUGGAAUAAGGCAGCAUUAGGCAAAUUGGUUUGGAAUAUAUGUCAACAUCAAGAGUCGCUGUGGGUUAAGUGGGCACAGGUGGUGCUGUUGAGGGGUGAAAAUUUUUGGAAGGUUAAAAUCCCAACGGAUUGUGCUUGGACAUGGAGGCAAGUUUUAAAACUUCGUCUUCUACUGAAAAAUAUCAUUUGGAUGCAAGUGGGAGAUGGAAGACAAGUUUCACUAUUCUAUGAUUGGUGGGCAGGUGAGUUAAGGUUCUGUGAGUUGAUCUCAAGGGAAGAGAUUGUUGUUUGGGGCCAUGACCUUACAGUUAGUGAGUGGUGGGAUGGUUUAGACUGGACCAUUCCAGAUAGUUUUCUGAGAAGACAUCCCAUGCUUGUCCAGAUUAUUAGAUGUCAAAAACUAUCUCAACAAGUGGACAAUGCUAUAUGGAAACCUGCAAAGAAUGGUUUGUUUACUAUUUCAAGUUGCUAUGAGUUCCUAAGAGUGAAACGCCCUAAGACUAAAAACUAGAGAUUUACUAACAAGUAGAGGUAUGAGGGUUGAGAAAGGGUGCUGCCUAUGUGGUAGAUAUAAUAAAAUUUUUAUAUUUUU